AGAGCCAGAUUAGAGGAACCAUAUAAAACAAGUUCAGAUCGGGUGGUUAAGAGGCGAGACAAAUUAAAAAGACAUCGGAAGAAAUUAUGCAACAAUUCCAGAGUUAUUAACAUUGUUUGUCGUGAUCCCAGAACUUAAAGUACAUAGCAAUUGUAUUUCCUAUAACAGUGUGAUGGCUGGAAGAAUAUUGCCUACUACAGGUUGGAUGCAAUGGAUCUAUAACUUGGUAAUAAAACCCACACCAACCCAGGCUUUUGAGAAACUUUCAUCAAGAUCGUUGCUAGAAUUCAUAGACAUGUUUUUGCAUUCACGCCACGUUGAUCCUGGAUCGGAGGAACAGAAAUGUGCGCGUGCAUGCGCACAAUGGAUCUGCAGGCAGGAAUCGGGUGAAGAAGAACAUGAAUUGGUUAUAUCAUCAAAACUCUCUGUAAUCAAAUUUGUAUCUAAUGAUUGUAAACUAAAACUGAAAGAAUUGAGAAACGGAGGUGUGGAAACAACGAUAACCUUGCAAGUAGAAAGCCUUCUUAACCUUGCUAGUGAACAGCAAGUAUCUUCUUCACUUUUAAAAAAGCUCUCAACGGUUGGGUGUUCAACGUGGACCAAAAAGCUCCUAUAGAUGGGCGAAAUUUAGCAACGCUAUGAUGCGACCAGAAGCAAUGAAUAAUGUAAAAUUGAUUCUAAAUGGAGAGUACAACGUACGAAUCAAAAUCCGAUGCAAAGUUGUUAAAAUCAAAAUAGGUGUUGUCAAUAAUGAACACGAAGGUUGUUGUAAGGACGAUUUUAAUAGUGUUUAUACAUUUUACAUAGCAUUAUUGUUAUUAUUAUUAUUAUAUUAUUACUAUUUAUGUCAUGAUCAUGAUCAUUAUCAUGAUCAUCAUCGUAAUCAUUAUUAUUUGCGUUUCCAUUCGUUUUGUUCCUUUUUUACUUAUAAUUGUUAUCAUUACUGUUUUUAUUAUUUAUUAAAUUCGAAAAUGCUAGAUUAAUAA